CACAUCCCAGAUGCGCCCAUAGAAUUAAACCCAUCAACUUUGAAUAAUAAUGUUCCUCACCCUCCAAAUCCCUCGUCAACUAUAAACCUCUUUCCCUUCUCCCCUGAAACUUCACAACCUUUCACCACCAAAAACGACUACAGAUUUUCCAAAUCCAGAACUCAAAACUUCAGAAGGCAUAACAACAAACACCUGGUGUGCGUGUUACAGUGCAUACAAGAAACAGAGAGAUCAGAUUCAGAUCCAACAAUGGAGGGCGAAGAAAACAAACCUGCAGAUUCAUGGUCAGACACAGAGAGCACAGGGAGCUCCAAACGAGUUGCCUUCAGCGGUCCGUUACCAGGACCUUCUGUCGCCUACAAAAGAACCAACAGUUACAGCAGCAGCACAAGAAGCACUAUGAGAAUCAAAGACGACGAUCAGUACGUCGAGAUUACCUUAGACGUUCGCGACGACUCAGUCUCGGUUCAGAACAUCAAAGGAGGAGAUUCAGAGACGGCAAUGCUAGCGAGCCGAUUGGAGACAAAACGCCCCACGCUAAGCUCUCAAUUGUCGUUCAAAUUGAAGCAAGUAUCACAGGAACUGAAACGGAUGACAUCCUCCAAAAGCUUCAACAGAAUCGACAGAACAAAAUCUGGCGCAAGUCGUGCCCUAAAUGGCCUCCGAUUCAUGACCAAAAGCGUCGGAAGCGAAGCCUGGUCAGAGAUUGAGAAUCGAUUCAAUGAACUCGCCAUUAACGGAGAGCUUCCGAAGUCGUUGUUCGCAAGAUGCAUAGGCAUGAACGAGUCAAGCGAGUUCGCCGGCGAGUUAUUCGAGGCGUUGGCUCGAAGAAGAAGCAUAACUUCGACCUCCAUAACCAAGGGGGAACUUCGUGAAUUUUGGGAGCAAAUUAGCGAUGAAAGCUUCGAUGCAAGGCUUCAAAUCUUCUUCGAUAUGGUGGACAAGAAUGCCGAUGGCCGCAUUACCGGAAAAGAAGUCAAAGAGAUUAUUGCAUUAAGUGCUUCGGCGAAUAAGUUAUCAAAAAUCCAAGACGACGCAGAAGAAUAUGCUGCUCUGAUUAUGGAAGAGUUGGACCCCGACAACCUCGGAUAUAUCGAGCUAUACAAUUUGGAAAUGCUACUCCUGCAAGCGCCAAACCAAGCAUCGGCCAGGAACCGCGUAACGGACAGCCGAGUGCUGAGCCAACUACUGAGCCAAAAGCUCGUCCCCACCAAGGAAUACAACCCCAUCAAGCGCACCUACCGCUCACUCCGCUACUUCGUUGAGGACAAUCGGAAGCGCAUUUGGAUCUUCUCUCUAUGGCUCGCCAUUUGCGCCGCUCUUUUCGCCUGGAAGUUCGUCCAGUACCGCCGUCGGGCCGUCUUCCAUGUCAUGGGCUACUGCGUCACCACCGCCAAAGGCGCCGCUGAGACCCUUAAGUUCAAUAUGGCCAUUGUUCUUCUCCCUGUUUGUAGGAAUACCAUUACUUGGCUCCGGAGUAAGACCAAGCUUGGCGCUGUUAUCCCUUUUGAUGACAAUGUUAACUUCCAUAAGGUAAUUGCUGUUGGCAUAGCCAUUGGGGUCCUUUUACAUGCUGGAGCACAUCUUACCUGCGACUUUCCAAAGCUACUCCAUGCGACCGACGCUCAAUAUGAACCGAUGAAGCCGUUUUUCGGUGAAGUACGACCGAAUAACUAUUGGUGGUUCGUGAAGGGGACGGAAGGGUGGACCGGGGUGGUGAUGGUGGUGCUGAUGAUCAUAGCAUUCACCUUGGCUCAGCCAUGGUUCCGCCGCAACCGCCUGAACCUCCCCAAAAUCAUCAAGAGACUCACAGGCUUCAAUGCCUUCUGGUACUCUCACCAUCUCUUUAUCAUUGUCUAUGUCCUCUUCAUCAUCCAUGGCUACUACCUCUAUCUUUCCAAGAAAUGGUACAAAAAAACGACGUGGAUGUAUCUAGCUGUCCCGGUUUUGAUAUACGCGUGUGAAAGAUUGAUUCGUGCGUUUCGGUCGGGAUACAAAACAGUGAGGAUCUCAAAGGUUGCUGUGUAUCCUGGAAAUGUUUUGGCAUUGCAAAUGUCAAAGCCUCAUGGUUUUAAAUACACAAGUGGGCAGUACAUAUUUGUGAACUGUUCUGCUAUUUCUCCCUUUCAAUGGCAUCCGUUCUCGAUCACGUCUGCUCCAGGGGAUGACUACUUGAGCAUUCACAUCCGGACUGUGGGAGACUGGACUUCACAGCUCAAGACCAUUUUCUCUAAGGUAUGUCAGCCACCAUCUGUUAAUCAAAGUGGUCUUUUGAGGGCUGAUAUUGGCCAAAGCAGCAACAAAAUCAGGUUGCCAAGACUGUUGAUAGACGGACCAUACGGAGCUCCGGCGCAAGACUACAAACAAUACGACGUUCUUCUUCUCGUGGGGCUGGGGAUCGGCGCCACGCCACUGAUCAGCAUCGUCAAGGAUGUACUCAACAACAUCAAGGAACAAAAAGACAUCGAAAAUGGCAUCGCCGAUAAGCACGCCAAGCCUUUCGUCACAAAGCGAGCUUACUUCUACUGGGUGACAAGAGAGCAAGGCUCAUUCGAAUGGUUUAGAGGUGUCAUGGAUGAAGUCGCCGAGAACGACCGAGAUAGAGUGAUCGAGUUGCACAACUAUUGCACUAGCGUUUACGAAGAGGGUGAUGCUCGGUCCGCCCUCAUUACCAUGCUCCAAGAUCUAAACCAUGCCAAGAAUGGCGUUGAUAUUGUGUCCGGGACUAGGGUGAAGACUCAUUUUGCUAGACCGAACUGGCGUAAUGUCCUUAAGCGUGUUGCUAUAAAUCACCCUGAUCAAAGAGUUGGGGUGUUUUACUGUGGAGCACAAGGGCUGGUAGGAGAGCUAAGGAGAUUAUCACAAGACUUCUCUAGGAAAACAACCACCAAAUUUGAUUUCCACAAGGAGAAUUUUUAGAGAAAUUUAAAUAUAUAUAUAUAUAUAU